UGUCAUUACCUUGGAAAAUAUGACAACAAAUUGGUGAAGGAAUCAGUUCUCGAACUAGAAAUGCUCCUGUACGUAGAAGAUAAAGCUUUUCCGCACAAGACAUUUGUGGUGGUGGUGAAGGGAGAGGAGAAGGUGGCUCGAGUCCGGGCUCAGUUGCUGCACAUCUUGUACAACAUUGGGAAAGAGACGCAUCAGUUCCGACUCCGACACAAUGGACAGUUUCUCCGGGAUGCCCACACACUUGACCAAUAUGACAUUGUGGACAACUCCGUCAUCAAGAUGGUUCCCAUGUCCAAGAAACCAGAGGCCUCCUUUGACACCAUCUCAAUGACCAGUAGUACAGUCAACCUGGAGUUUAGCCCAGGGCAACCUCCCAAUGUGAAGAGGGCUUUGUACUCUGAAAUCAAACAUUUGGAUUGGAGAGAAAGAAUUCUGAAUGACUUUAAACCCAAGGGUGUGUCACCUGUAGCGGCAGUUUGUCACCUCAGGAUGCGCCACCUGAAGCAGAUGGAUUCAGUCCACACUCUGCGUGGCUGGCGCUUGUGGCUGGCCUCCGCCAGGAGAUUGGCGUCCGGCCGAGGUAUGCCGGGUGUGUGUGUGCAGGGUCUAUGGCGAGGCAGUGCUCCCAACCUCAGCUUAGGCUCUGGUGUGGGGGUUUCUGCUGUCAGGGGAGUGCGUCGGCUCCGAGUCUCUGCCUCUCGGUUGCUGGCCACCCUCCGCUGUAAGACCUCACUCAUUGAGGAUCGAUUCGAGGAGGCUAUGGAGGAGGAUGAGGUGAGGGAGGAGUUUAGUAUGCCUUUGGUUUCCAGCUCGGAUCUGGUGUUCUUAGGAGCGAGAUUGAGACAGCGGGAUAGUCUCCUGUCUCCGGACCAAGUCCACCAAAGUCCAGAGAGUUGUGUUACAAUUUCUCCAGAGUUCCCCAGAGACCUCGGCUCAUCGGACUUGGCUCCAGUUGCUAGGCAACAUGGCGGCAGCAGUGGACAUCGCUUUGAAGGGUUGAGGAUGCGACCCAUUCAGCAGGCUCUAGCUCGAAUGUGGAGUCCACACCCAGGUCGGAACAUCUUCUGCUGCUGUGCUGGAAUCGUCUCCCUGACAUUUACCGCUGUAGCUCUCUACCUGGCUGCCGCUCAGUGGAUAACUGUCAUUGGUCACGGUUGUGCUGAGUUUGUGGAUGAAUGUUCCCAUCAGAAGGUGUACACAGCAGUGUUCUUCUCCGUCCAAGCCCUCCUGGUCCUGGUGUCCGGGAUCCUGGCAUGGGUGCUGCUGGUCAACUUCAAGCUAGAGAUGGGUGACAGAAUUGAGAAAAACUUGAUACAGGAGAGAGACAUUGACCAAGUCAUUCUGGCUGCCAAAGAUGGAAAACUGAACGAGAAGCGGCAGGCGUCAAGUGAGCUGGCGAUCAUGGCAGCUGCUAACGACGACAACAAGUUCAGGAUUGUGGCAGAGGGAGGCCUGGACAUCCUGAUGUCGCUGUCCUUGCAGCUUGAUGAGUCGACCCAGGAACACGCCCUGGAGGCCAUCACUGAGCUGCUCACCAUCCCGUCGAUACAGGACACGUUUGUGAACAUGGGCAACGUGAGCAAGCUGACAGCGCUGCUGCACUCCCAGAGUCCCCGCGUGAUGCAGGCCGCCGCUGCCACCAUCUCCACCAUCGUCAACCAGUCCGAGGAGAACAAGAGUGUCAUCAUUGCUGACCAUGGUUUGGAGGAUCUGGCCCAUGCUGCAUGUAAUGGAACUAUUGCCUGUCAGCAGUCCGUGGCCAGUAUUUUCAAUGAGCUGGCUAUCAAUUCUGACAUCAGGGCCCAGUUGACUGCCAGAAACAUCCCAGCCCAAGCGCUGACGGAGCUGUGCCGCAGCAAUGAUUCAGACACACUGAGAGAUGCUCUGCAGGCUUUGGAGCUGAUGGCUAUUGAAAGUGCUGAAACCAUCUGUGCUCAGGGGGACUUGCUGCAACUGUUGCUGCAGCUGCCAUUCCGCUCCAUGGACGAACGCAACUACCUGCUUGUUGCCAAGAUACUCAUCUACUACGCAGAGAACAAGGAGACAUGUCAGCAGCUGCUGGACCAGGAGAAUGUCCGGGAUGCACUGGAGCAGUUUGUGAAGACCCGUGAGCCCCGGCUGCAGCGUGUGGUGGCCAGGAUCAUCACCUGUAUGAUGGACACACAGCAACUCAAAUGCCGAGCUAAGGAAGUGAAGAUGAACAAAGUGCUGGAAUAUAUCCGUAACCAUGCUGCUGAUAGAGACACAUGGGACGAAGCUGAUCAGGCACUUCAGAUGAUGAAUUCGGAUGACCUGGGCAAUCAGUCGACAGUUUCGAACAAACCCAAACUGGAGGUCAAGGACAGUUUUGGGUCAAGGACAUCCAUGGGGUCGAUCAAGAAGAGGCCAGCAAGCGCCUCCUCUGGUGCAGAGUCGGACAAGGGAUUGGCCUAGAGAUCGAUUGAACUAUCACCUUCUUUUCUUUUGUUUAUGUUUUCAUUUUCAGUAUUACAAUAUGUAUUUGCACACUUCAAACUAACUUAUUUUUAUCAGGAAUUAUUACUUGAUAAAGGGCUAAUUAUCCAACCUACAGCUCUGAAACCCUAAAUGUCUCAGCUGUGGCUUUAAGAAGAGAUAGGUCAUUAUGAGUGAUGGUUGCCAAGGGAACAGGACAGACUUGCACAUUUUCACGAACACCUGCUGUCGCCUGUGGUUUUCGAUGAUCCAUUCAUGUGAUUUCCCUGCCGGCCCAGCGGAAUCUGUUUCAGAUGCUGAUCAAAACUGGUAGCCAUCUGACACUGAGAUCUUAUAGUCUAACAAAUGUCUGAAUCACUUUUGAUACUUGUAUGGUAAUGGGAAAUGAAAAUGUAUGAGUGUAAUCUGAAGAUAAGGGAAAUUCAUUAAUAUAUAAGCUCAGUCACCUGGUUUACUUGCAUAAACGGUAUUGUCUGCCCAUCAUGGUGUUUGUUGUAAUAGCUUGUCAAGAUGAAAUAUAUACUGAGAGAAACAAAUAAAGGAACACAGGAAAAUUCAAGUGUUCCUUUAAUAUUUUCCAGUUCUCAUCUACAGCUUUGAAUAGCGCUGUGGGAGGAAAUCUGAGAAUAAAUACAGGAUCACUGUCAUGAAGUGGUGUUCCCUUAUUUGUUUCCCUCAGUAUAUGACAGAAUAUGUUACAGACAUAUUAGUAUUGAAAUCAAAAGCUGACCGAUUUUUUGUUAUCUCACUUUGUGUUACCAAAUGUAUGAGAAAUCACAAAUGCAUCACAAAAGCAGUCAUGAAAUCCAGUUUUUAUCAAAACCAGUGUUAAGGAAGAAUAACAAUAUAUGGAUGAACAACUUCUUUAUUACUGUGAGAGCAACGUUUUGGUGAAGGUUCUAACACCGUUAUCAUGCAUAUAACCUACACUGAAAUGUUGCUCUCACUAACAAAGAAGUGGUUCAUCCAUACCUUGUUUUCUCCUUUACUUCUACAACUUCUAAAUGCCUCUCAAAGAAGAACCAAUGUUGAUCAGUUAACCCAGAGAUAUGGUCCCUGGUGUACAUGAUGAAACCAAUGUACUUGGAUGAGGAUUGUUACAAAAUGAAGACCUUUAUGAAAUCUAUGUAUGUCAGCCUGUGUCAAUAUUACAUGAAGAGACAUGUAUUUGAUACACUGGGAAAUUGCAUAAUCUUUAACUUUAACUCAAAAUCAGAAAUCAGACCCAACACCCUGUACAAUGUCAAGUGUUUGACUAUCUCAUUUGAGUUUUCUGGCUAUUUGCAAAAUCCGAUAUAUAUUUUUACAGUGUCUGACUAUAAUCUAUUUCUUUGACAAAUGUUGUUAACAUGCAAAUGGAACUAAGUUGUUUUCAUUGAAACUUGUGCAGAUUGUUUGUUCAGGUGAUGGUGUUUCCUUAUAUUAAUCUCUCCAUUGCAUAUGCUUCACAGUUGACAGGCAGUGUACUUGAAUAGCAACAGCUACCGUCCUUAUAAAUUCAGUGUCUAAAAUUAUGACAUCUUAUUCAUAACAGGGAAGAUGUAGUGAAAUGGAUAUACAUGAUAUCUUUGUUCUUCAGACUGAACAGUAUAUUUGGUACUUGGGAAUUGACUUUUGAAAAUGAGAUGUUCACUUGCUUUGUUAGAUGUUAUUAUAUUGCUCAGAAACUAGCCUGUUUCUGCAAGAACUGAUAUGAUCAGUGCCAUGAAACAAACUCUGUAUUAUUUUGGACUAAACUUGUGAAUCUCCGUCCGUCCAGCAUCAAGACGUAAUAUACAGAUAUGAACCGAGAUCUGGCUUCACUGCAUCUCCUACACUGGAGGAUAUACAUGUCAUAGGGACGAAGUUGUCACUCAAUAUUUACUCUCUAUUUUGUAUAUUUAGAUUGAGAAGUUUUACAUUUGUAAUCAAAGUUGUUUGAAUUUAAUUUAACACUUUUAUCAUUUGAAAAUCAUCCUUCAGGCCAGACUAGACCAUUUGUUUUUGUGUUACAAUUGAGACCAGACUAAUUUUAUUUUUGUUUUACAGAUUUUUUGUGAUCAGAAAACCUAAAGGCAGGAUGGAUUUUUUUUUUUAAAUCACCAGUCAAAGCAAAAACCCACAUGAGUUUUUCAAAGGCAUUGUUUUUCAAGUUCACACUCGCUCAGGUGUUUGAAGCACUCAAUUUCUAACAUAAAUAUUGUUAGAUAAUUCAGUUUAAUGUCUCUGAGAAAAGAUACCGAUGUUUUAGUGUCCAACAAACUGUCUUGCGUAGUCGAAGUCUUGUUCCUAUAUAUCUUAACAUUAGGAUAUUAUUUUUCGAGCGGGGACAAUUUAUUUUCAUUUUUUUUCUUAUUCUUGAAAAAUACGACUGGCAGAUCAGUAAAACAAGAAAUAAAAUUGGUCUGGCCUGAUAUUAAAUUUUCAAAAUUAGACAAAUAUUCAGAAGAGAGCAAAAUACUGAUAGUUUGAGAAAUGUAAUACUCAAAUCUUGAAAAUUUACAUGUAGUUUAGAAUAAUGUUCUUUUUAAUGUCGUCAAUCUGUUAUUUAUUUCUAUUGUAAUUUGUCAUAAUUGCUACAAAAAAAACCUGUAAAACAAGGAAAGAAUUUAGUUUGGCCUUUGAUAGUGAAAUCUUUAUGCUAAUGGCAGCACAACGUUAGUUCAGUGUCUGAGCCAGGAUGUUUAAGCAGAUAUCAAAACCACAAACAGCAUUUGUUAUACUUGAUAUAUUUCUUGAUGUAUUGGAUUAUUUGUUGUUUCUCUGUUGAUGGAAAUAUGGCAGGCCCAUAAAAGCAUUUUGUGAUAUUUUUUCUAAUAUCAGAUAUCUUUUGCAAUAAACAUUUACAUUUUC